CUUGGUAAAAAGCAACCUAAUCAGAGGAGCGAAACUGUGAUUGACAGAUGGCUGCUUGACUGGUUAUAGCAACACAAAUCACUGACUAACAUUUUCUGGCAAAAAUGGGGCAGCAUCAAAGCGCCUUCACGGAAGAAGAACUCGAAGAUUACCAGGAACUUACGUACUUCACAAAAAGCGAAAUAAUACUAGCGCAUCAGAGAUUUAAACUGCUGGCACCCGAUGUAGUGUCGAGAGAUCGCAAUGCCAAGCUACCCAUGGACAAGAUCCUAAACAUGCCCGAGUUAUCUGUGAAUCCCUUUAGAGACCGGAUAUGCAAAGUAUUUUCUUCUAGCAAGGACGGAACAAUGACCUUCGAAGAUUUUUUAGAUAUGAUGUCGGUCUUUAGUGAUAAGGCACCGAGAAGCGUUAAGACAGAGUACGCUUUUCAGAUAUUUGAUUUUAAUGAAGACGACAUGUUGUCCCCCGAAGACAUGAAACAGAUCAUAAACAGACUCACUCAUCGUGGAGGUCAGGUGCUCAUGGAGCAUGAAAUUAAGCAGCUCAUCACAAAUAUCUUGAAGGAGGCAGACCUCGAUGAAGACAGGCUUUUGGCAUAUGCAGAGUUCGAACAUGCCAUCUCAAAAGCUCCAGAUUUUAUGAAUUCUUUCAGGAUUCAUCUGUGAAGAAACACUUAUUUAUUUUUGCCAACACAUACUUCCUUUGUUAUUUAUAUGGCAAUAAAUGCAUUUGACUUUCA